AUGGGGACGGCGGGAGGGGCGGGCGCGGGCGCGGGCGGGCGGCGGUGGAGGUUUUUGGCGGCGGCGGCGACGCGCGCGGCGGCGACGAAGGCGGCGACGGGACGCGGCGCGACGCGCAAGGCGAACGGGGGGGGCGCGAAGCCGCGGCGGCGAGAGAAAAAGUUGUCGAGGAAGGAAGAGGCGGGUCGGCGGUUGGCGAGCGGGACGCUGGCGACGGUGUGCGUGCGCACGGUGCUCGCGCCGCUGGAGAGGGUGAAGAUUGAGUACCUGUUGAAUCGCAGCGCGCUCAAGCUCGAGGCCAUGGUGGGGGGGAUAUUGCGCACCGAAGGCGCGCUCGGAUUUUGGAAAGGGAACAUGCUCAACAUCGCGCGCACGGCGCCGUUCAAGGCGAUCAACUUUUGUGCGUUCGACACGUAUCGCGAAAUCGUCAACCGCACUUUUCCCGAGGGCAGCGACGCGAGGAAAAUCGGCUUGGUGUGCGCUGGCGCGGGGGCGGGAAUGACGGCGGUCGUCACGUGUUUUCCCAUGGAUGUUUUGCGCACGAGACUGCUCACGACGGGUGGGAAGGAAAAGUACGGCUCGUUCUUCGCGUGCGUGAAGAUGAUGUACCGACAAGAGGGCGCGAGCACGUUUUAUCGCGGCAUCACGCCGGCGCUCGUGUCCAUGGUUCCGAACGCGGCGGUGUAUUAUAGCGUCUACGACGGGUUAAAGAACCGCAGAUUAGCCCAACUCAACGCAGAGCUCGCGGCGACGCGGAAGAAGAGCGGAUCGAAACAAGCAGAGGAAAAUUCUGUGAAAAACAUCGAGCAAAAGAACAUGAUGCUGUACGGCGCCGUCGCGGGCGUCGCCUCGGAAGCGUCGACGUACCCAUUCGAGGUCAUCCGUCGGCGAAUGCAAAUGCAAAGCGGUCGAUCGUCCACCGCCAUGGUGUUCGGUCGAAAAGCGCUCCUGAGUAUGGCCACGACGCUUCGCUCCGUCGCGCGCGAAUCCGGCUUGAAGAGCCUCUACGCCGGUCUCGGUCCGAGUUGCGUGCAAGUUCUCCCAUCCGCCGCGCUCGGGUACUACACGUACGAGAUGUUCAAGCUGCUGUUAGAAGUAGAUUAA